CUCUCUCUCGAUUCUCUCUCUCUCUCUCUCUGCUGUGGCUCCGUGAUUCUGUCGCGUCUCCGGGACUUUGCUCCUCGCACCGUCGCUCUCUCCACACACACAGUCUCUCUCUCUUCUCCAGGUCACAAGCUAAACAGAGGUGCAUCCGAAUACUGGCUGACCUCCGGCUGUUUGAGGCUCAGAGUUGAGAGGUCAAAGGUCAUGCCCUCACUUUGAUCCCAGGUCCACUCUAUACACUCUCGUGACCUCAUGUUUCACACCUUCCCCAAUAAAUCCAGGGCCCAGACGCCUGCCGCCAUGGAGAAGACGUACUCCAUGACGGCACAUUACGACGACUUUCAGGAGAUCAAGUACAGCAGUCGUUGCAGCAGCAGUACUCUCAGUAACGGGGUGAGCCUGCAUCUGGGUGGGUCGCUGGACCGCUACGGCCGUGGACGGAGUGGGCGGGAUAAAUGCGUGGGCGGCACCGGUCCAGGGGGCGGGACCCCGGCUCGCUGGAGUCGACGUGAAAUCUGCCUGCUGUCUGCGCUGGUUUUCGCGGCAGGAAUGUGCGUGAUUCUCGGCUGCAUGCUGGCACUUAAGUUCCUUUCACUGGAGGCGCAGGACUCCCAGUGUCGUCAGGACUGCGUGAAACGACGCUCGCUGCUCAGGGCGGCACGGUUUGUUCAGGGUAACAUCGACCCGAGCGUCCAGCCGUGUUACGACUUUUACAGCUUUGCGUGCGGUGGCUGGCUCAGACGUCAUGGAAUACCGGAGGAUAAAUUAAACUAUGGAAUAAUCACAGCGAUCGGAGAACAAAACCAAGAGAAACUACAGCACCUCCUACAGACGCCGAUCCAGAGGAACGAACCUAACAGCGCAGAGAGAAAGGUGAAAGAAUUUUAUCGGUCUUGUAUCAACAUAAAGGAAAUUGACCGUCUGGGGGCGGGGCCUAUGACUGAGGUGAUCGACAACUGUGGUGGAUGGGACCUGUCUGGAGCUCCUCCAGGAGGGGCGGGGUGGGAUAUUGGCUCCGCCCCUGUAAGGCCCGAUUUUAAUGAGAUGCUGUACAAGACUCAGGGAAUGUACAGCACGUCUGUCUUCUUCUCUCUCACUGUGAGCGUGGACGACAAGAACUCUUCACGUAACGCCAUACGGAUUGAUCAGGAAGGCUUGACGCUGCCUGAAAGAACUUUAUAUCUGGGUCAGGAUGAAGACAGCGUGAAGAUUCUGGCGGCGUAUAAGGCGUUGAUGGAAAGAUUGUUGAGUAUGCUGGGAGCUCACAAUGCCACGCUGAAAUCUCGAGAGAUCCUGGACCUGGAGAUGAGACUAGCUAAUAUCACUGUGUCUGAAUAUGAUGACCAAAGAAAAGACAUCAGCAGUAUGUACAACCGGAUAACUCUAAAACAACUCCAGAAAAUGUCUCCGAGCUUCCACUGGAAGCGUUUACUGGAUCGAAUCUUUCAUGAUAAUUUCUCAGAGGAAGAGGAGAUUGUAGUUUUAGCCUCCGACUAUUUGCAGCGUGUGUCAGACAUCAUAAAGACCACAUCUAAACGAGUUCUUCAUAAUUAUAUGUUGUGGCGAAUCGUGGCAGCUCUGAGCGAGCAUCUCUCUACAGCAUUUCGUAGCACCAUCCACGAGUUCUCCCGUGAGAUCGACGGUACCGAGCGACAGUUAGAAUUGGGUCGUCUGUGUCUCACUCAGGCCAACAAACACUUUGGCAUGGCACUGGGCGCUCUCUUCGUUCAACAUCACUUCUCACUGAAGAGCAAAGCAAAGGUACAGGAGCUGGUGGAGGACAUCAAACAUUCAUUAGAUCUGAGACUACAAGAGCUCGACUGGAUGGAUGAAGAAACCAAAGAUGCUGCCAGAACAAAGUUACAGCACAUGAUGGUGAUGACUGGUUAUCCAGACUAUCUGCUGAAGCCCGAGCUCAUAGAUGAAGAGUAUGGGUUUGAUGUAAGUGAGAAGACGUAUUUCAGGAAUAUUCUCAACAGCAUCAAGUACAACAUCAAACUCUCUGUCAAAAAGAUCCAUAAAGAGGUGGACAAGACAACGUGGCUGCUUCCACCACAGGCUUUAAAUGCAUAUUACCUGCCAAACAAAAACCAGAUGGUUUUCCCUGCAGGAAUUCUCCAGCCGACUCUGUUUGAUCCAGAAUUCCCACAGUCACUUAAUUACGGAGGAAUUGGUGCGAUCGUUGGACACGAGCUCACGCACGGAUACGACGACUGGGGUGGUCAGUAUGAUCGCUAUGGUAACCUGAAGCAGUGGUGGACAGAAGAGUCCUACAGGAAGUUUCAGAAGAAGGCCGAAUGUAUCAUUAAACUAUAUGACAACUUCACCGUCUAUAACCAAAGGGUGAACGGGCGGCUGACACUGGGCGAGAACAUUGCUGAUCUGGGUGGACUGAAGUUGUCGUAUUAUGCCUAUCAGAAGUGGAUUCGAGAUCAUGGUCCAGAGCGUCCUCUCCCAGGUCUGAAGUACACACAUGAGCAGCUGUUCUUCAUAGCGUUUGCUCAGAACUGGUGUAUGAAGAGACGAUCUCAGUCCAUUUAUCUUCAGCUUCUGACAGAUAAACACGCUCCUGAACACUACAGGGUUAUUGGCAGCGUUUCUCAGUUUGAAGAGUUUGCUCGCGUGUUUCAUUGUCCCAGAGGUUCACCAAUGCAUCCCGUCAACAAAUGUGCUGUCUGGUGACCUUUGACCCCUGGACCUUCUCUUCACUCGACCUUCAUUUACGGCAUACUGCAUCACCAUACACCAUAAAACUGUGAUGCUGUUUGAUGUUUACAGCACUUGAAUAGUGAACAAAGACCAAACAUGCUGAAAGCAAAUGCAUUUCCUCUUAACCUUUAUUUUCAUUCAUGCAUCUGUCAGACGCUUUUAUCCAAAGCCAUUUAAAGUGCAUUCAAGCUAUACACUUUAUCAGUAAGCUUCUCGUGUGCCAUAUGUUACAUGGAUUCGUUUUAGAUAUUCGUUUAUUUUUCUAUUCUGAGACAUAUUGUGUUAUUUAAUUCAAUUAAUGGCUGAUGAUAAUUAUGUGAAAUAUUGUGUAAAACCCACAUUUUGAUUCUUGUUGGAGUUGUGUAUGAAUGAACACAGAUGUUUGGAUGACUUUUGUGUGUGCGUGUGUGAGAGAGAGAGAGAGAGAGAGCUCUGUGUUGUAGGCAUGCUGACAUGUUUUGAUAUGAAAUGUUUUGUCAGAGCAGUUUUGUGUUUUUAACUGAUCUAAUGCUGAGAAAAGACAAACCAUAUGUUGAUUUCAUGUUGCCCCCGUGUGUUUAUUCUGUUGUGUAUCUGAUUGGAUGUGAUAUGAAGAGAUGGAGUGUACAACAGAUGUUCUCUCCGGUGUGUCUCAGGUCUGUUCUGAUGAGGUUCAUUGUUAAAUGUAAACCUGGUUGACAACCACUGCUGUUUCACAUUCAUUCCUUUAAAAUCUUUAAAGGGGACAUAUCAUGAAAAUCUGACAUCAUGUAUAAGUGGUAUAAUUGGGUCCCCAGUGCUUUAAUUAAUCUAGAAAAUGUAAGAAGGAUAAACCCAAUAACUUAGUUUUGGUAAACCAUUAUCUUCAAGCAUCUGCAAAAAUAGCUCAUUGAAAUGUAGCUCCCCUUGUGAUGUCAGAAAGGAAUCUUAUUAUAAUAAUACCACCCCAUAAUCUGCACUAUCCAACCACAGCACUGCCAUUUAGUGGAGAGAGAGAGAGAGAGAGAGAGAGAACAAUUGAUUUUAAUUUCAACAAACCACCAUUAUGGCGAUCAGUGUUUGCAUUACCUACAAAGUGUUUUAACAUGUUAUAAUAAGUUAUCUAUAUGGUAUUUUGAGCUAAAACAUCACUUAUGUACUCUGGGGACACCAAAGACUUCAUUUACAUCUUAAAAAAAUAUUUUGUGAAAUGUCCCCUUUAAGAGACUCCGCAGGUUUAUGAUGUUUGUGCUCAUGUUUGCCUGACUUGUUAUUGGAUGUGAAUGUUUGUGUAAAACAUUUUCAGGGCUGAAUUUUAAUUUUUUAUUUUACAUUUGAAUUAUUUUUGUUGUUGUCGUUAAAUCCAAACAAAUAUUUAUGGAUCUACAGUCUCUUCAUGUGACGGAAACAACGCAGGAUAUUACUAUAAAACUUUUAUUUUGUAUAAAGUCUUUGCCCAUUGAGGAGGAAAAAGAUGAAAUUUGUACAGAUGAAUUAUAUGAAACUUAAAAAGAUGUACAGGUCAAAUAAAGCAUGUUUGCUGUUAAAAAGUCUGAACAUGUAUGUAACAUACCAACUUACAUCGGCUACUUGCUGUUUAGUGACAAAGUGCAAAACACUGAAUUCUCCAUCAUCACCUG